UUUUUUUUAAAAUUAAUUUUUUUUCUCUCUUUGCCAUUUCUAAUUAUCAACAUGCCAUUAUUAAAUAGGAAAAGAAUACCAUUAACACCUACUAUUCCAUACGAUCCAAAGCGUAAACGUAAAGAAGUAUGGUAUUUACGCUCUACUAAUGAAGUCUUCACAAAUUACGAAUCUUAUAUUAAUAGAUUAACUUUAUAUAAUCAAGCCAUUUGGGAAUGCGAAGUGACAGGAAGAAAGAAUUUAACCUACAAACAAGCACUCGAGAGUGAAAAAUUAGAACAUGAUAAAAGAGUUGAAUACAUAUUCUCCAAACCAUUACGAAAAUGUAUUUUGGAAAAAGUUCAAUUUCAAACAAAGAGAUUGGAUGACUUAGUAGAUGACACUUAUAAUUAUUUUAAAGAGAAUUAUGUAAAAGGCGAAACAAUUCAAUGUAAAUUAAAUGAAUACAAUUACCAUGCUGAAAUUGUGGAUAUUAUACAUUCUACCAAUAAUGAAUCUCACACAGAACAUGAUGUUCCUAGACAGCCGGAUGGCCGAUUACGUUUUCCUGAUGCAUUCCUUCAUCCUGAACCUAAAUCACCCAAUAUAUAUAAUUAUAAGCAUAAAAAACAAUUUGAAGUGCAAUUAAUUGAUGAAGUAGGAAAUUUACUAGAGGAUUGCCAUCGUAUUAUUGAUGAAGACCAAAUAUAUGAUAGAGAAAAACAUAUUUAUAAUCGUUUAAAUAUUCAAAGUUUUAUACGUGAAUGCUGCUAUCAAGAUACCUACAUGAAUGCACCAUGGCUGAUUAAGCCUGCAAUUGCUUCUACUUACCAUAUAGAUACAACGUUACCUGAUCAUAUCCAAGAGCUUUAUGAGCGACUCUCUAAAAAACGUAAAAUACCAUCCUAUUAUGAACGAGAUGCAGAAAAACGAGCUAAACGAGAAGAAAUUCAACUAUUGAGAGCUAAACAAAAAGAAGAACGAGAUAGGUUACGUGAAGAAAAACGCAAACAGUCUGCAGUUAAAUAUCCUGUAGAAGAUCUUGAUUUACCCAUCUAUCGUAAAGAUCCCAACUUAAAUUGGACCCUUAUAGAUAUGUCAACAGAUUCAACUCAUGAUAUUCCAUAUCCUAGUGGAGGUCGACCUGAACGACCCACACCACAUACUAAUUCAUUAUCUCCUGAAUUGUUUGAUAUUCUUUUGGCUAUUUGGUCUUUUAUGGCAGCAUUUUCUGAACCUCUUAAAUUAUCAUCCUUUAGUUUGGAUGAAUUUGAAGCGAGCAUAUUUGGAGAAGAUAGAUCACAUAUCCUUGCAGAGUAUCAUGCAACUUUAUUAAAUGUGAUAAUUCGUGAACGUAACGAAGACACAAUGAAUGAUAUUAUGAACGGCGAUAGAAUGGAGGAGUAUUUAGAAACUCACGUAACACUAACAGGUUGGCGCAACAAAGAUCAACUUAAGUUAACUUCUAAAUGGGAUCAGAAGGAAAUUAGAUCUAGUUAUGAACGACGUGGCUGGGAGACAGUUUUGAUGGGCUGCCUUAAUGAUGUAGCAACACCUGAGUUAGUAUCUGAUCUUGAUGAAAUCCUCACUCAUCUCUAUGCAACAACAGCAUCCGAAAGAGAAAGACAAUACCCCACCUUAACACCUAAACAAAAACUAAAUAUCCUUACUUUCCUCACAGAUGUCGUAAAUGAGUCAACUCUUAUUAAAAACUACAUGGAUUAUUGCCAAGAACAAAUAUCCGAAUUUAGAAAACAAAAAAUUGAGUUAAAUAAAGAAGCCAAGAUAUUAGCAUCAAAACGAAAUCGGAUGGAUAAAAUAGAUAAAGAAGAAGAAAAGAUGGAAGAUACAAGUAGUAGUACAGAAGAAGAUUCAGAUAAUGACAGUGAUUCCUCGGAUAGUAUGUUAAUAGAUCGAGAACAUCGACAUAAAUUAAGGCAAGAAAAACUAAAGCAGAAACAAAAAGAAAGAGAAGAAUUUAACCGACAGUAUGUGGAACAGCGUCAAGUAGCUAAGGUAAAAAAUCAAGAACAACGUCAAAAAGCAAUAGAAAGACGAAAAUUAGAAGAAGAAGAAAGACGUUUAAGAAAAAAGGAAGAGCAUUUAGAGGUAUCCAUGAGACGUUAUAUGACAUUACGCAUUCGACCAUUAGGUAAAGAUCGAUUUAACAACCGAUAUUAUUAUUUUGAUAAUAUUGGAAUAUCCAAUACACAUGGAUCUGGUAAAUUAUAUGUAAAUAGUCCAAGUGAUGGUGAUAUUUUGUUAAUGAUGGAAAGAGAUCAUGCCACUGAUUUACCUGAAAGGCCCUGGGGAUAUGGUGGAGGUAUUUGGUUUAUUAAAAAAUUAAUGCAAGAACAAGGCUUAAGAGAAGAAUGUGAAUGGCUUGAAAAACGUAUAGCCGAGCUAAGUAGCGAGACACCUCCUAGUGAAUAUCGAGGAUGGUGGAAAUAUUACGAAGAGCCAGAAGAGCUUGAAAAACUACUGUCUUGGUUAAAUCCUAAAGGAAUUCGAGAAUAUAAACUGAAAAAUGAAAUAUUAAAGCAUCAAUCCGUUAUUAUUGAUUCUAUGAAUAAAAGAGCACAAGUUCUUCAAGCUAAAUCAGAAUCAAGUAUAAAACGUUCAACAAGAUCAAAAUCUUUAUUAAAUAAACCAUGAUAAGCUUUCCCGUCAUUUGCGGGGCUUUAUUUUUUGUCAUCCGAGAAAUCAUUGCCUUUUUUAAUUUUUAUUUUUUGGUGUUUUUAUUUUUUUGUUCUUUUUUCCUUCUUUUUUUCCUUCUUACUUUUUAAAUCAUAAAUAAAUUUAAUUAGAAAUGCCUCUUAG